AAAACGAUGAAUUGGAACAAAUGGUCGGAGCGAGAGACGGAGAGAGUGAGGAAGAUAGUAGACAUUAAAGUGCAGGACUAUCUCAAUCGACAGAGUCUCCACAGCAGUUUCGACGAGCGAGGAGGAUCUGGAUACAGACGGCCAGCCAUACAUGCAUUCCAGAAUGAUGACUUAGUGUCUGGUUGUCGCUAUCACUCAAAGACUGGAUAUCAACAACAACGCUUUGCUAACCCAGGUAUGCCUGUGAGGAGGACAGAGUGUGAGUAUGUGUACAAGAAGGAGAAGGUGAAGGGGGCGAGAGAGCAGAGCGAAGCGAGAGUGAUGCAGACUGCCAAUGCACUCUUGGACUUCCUCCCUGUCCAACAAGCAGCCACUUUCUACAACAGACACUACUUCUGCAAAAACUCCAAAUACUCACACAGGGUGAUGCACAAGGGAGCCAUGUUUAACUUCAACUACUGCCCCUGUAAAUGCUCCAACUUAGUGCUGGAGAAAAAGAUAUUCGGAGAGAACGGAUAUCAGUUAGCUGAGCUCAACAUUAAGCCACGAGAAACAUGCACGAAAUCCAAAACGGAGAACAACAAACAAGACGAGAUGGAGCACAAAAACAAACAAGAUGAAAAAGUAAAUAACAACAAGCCAGCUAAAAGAAAAGGUGGAGCUCCUUUUAUAAAUGAACAAUCAACCCAUACAUUGUCUCAAACUUCACUGACCUUCAGUGACCCAACCAGUUCGAAAGGCAGUCUAACUGCAGAUGAGUCACCAGGGCGUCCGAAAACUCAAAUGAGGUCAAGGUCAAGGUCACGAUCUAGAGGUCAAAGUCAAGUUGAACAGGACGACCAGGAUUAUUCGAGUGAAGGGAGUUUAGACAGUGAAGAUCAAAGAAAAAACGAAAAAGAAACUCCAAAAAAUAUAAAUCUUGAUUCCGAUUCAUGCCAAUCUUUGGAUAGCACGUAUUGAUUGAGAAUAUAUUUUGGUAAUUUACUUUGGA